AAAAAAAAAAGGCACAACGUUACACAUUUGUCAUCUCCACCACACAUUAACGAUAGUCCAUUAAAAUCACUUGGCUGGCGUACACAAAAUUAUCAGUCACAUGGCCACGAUGUUUCAGUGCAGUCCGAUCCAAAAAUUCAUAUCCCUCUUUCAUAAUUCCUCACAAACAAGCUGAAAAACAGAAAAGCGUUAUUAAAAACCUACCAAAUUCAAAAAGCAGGGGACUGUUUUUAAAAAAAAAGAGCGAAAAUGCUGAGAAGCGGCAGCAGCAAUAAUGUGAACAGCGAAUCGGAUUUCGAGCUCCCUGGAGAAAUUCUGAAUGCGCUGCCAACAGACCCUUACGAGCAGCUGGAUUUGGCACGGAAAAUUACAUCUAUUGCUGUUGGAACUCGUGUUUCGAAGUUGGAAGCAGAGGCUGUCAAACUUAGGCAUAAAAUCAGUGAGAGAGAUCAAGUAAUUCAUUCCCUCAACGAUAAAAUUGGCCACUUAGAGCGCAAAUUGAGUGAAACAAACGAAAAGCUCUCCCAUGCCUUUCUAGAACAGGCAAAGCUUACUAAUGAGAAGAGUGCUCUAACAGCUACUGUGAAGAAGCUUAACAGGGAUGUGGCAAAGUUGGAGUUAUUUAAGAAGACCCUAAUUCAAUCACUCAAAGAGGAGGAUGACACUUCUCAGCAAGCAGACUCAACACAGAGUACAGAUGCUCAAAGGCAAGCAAAUGUCAAAGCUUCUCUAAGAACAUAUUCCAAAGAUGAGGACAGUAAUAUCCUUACUGGAGGAGAGAAUCUGGAGUCAAAUGCAUUUUUAGAGACGGGAGGUUCAGUUGAAGAUGAGAAUCGGGGUGGAGCACAUGGCUUGAGGAGGAACACAUACAAAUUGCCUUCAUUGACAAUGCCAAACAUCACACCACCACAGAUUUCACCUACUGGAAGUCCCAAUGAAAUAUCUCCAACCCACUCACCAAGACAACAUUCAACCAGAUCUCCCAAAGGACCAUCUCCAACCCACUCUCCAAAUUCAUAUUCUGCUUCAGCUCCUGCUAGGCACCAUUCAAUAUCUCCCUCAAGACGCCAAUUUGAAGGAAGAGUUUCAACAUAUUCUUCAUUACCAGCAAGCAGUCACGCAACUGCACCAAACUCUCCUCCACAUUCUGGAUCACAUUCUGGACGUCUUCAACGAAUGGAUGGGAAAGAGUUCUUUCGCCAAGCCAGGAGUCGCUUAUCUUUUGAGCAAUUUAGUGCAUUUCUUGCAAACAUUAAAGAGCUUAAUUCACAACAUCAAACCAGAGAGGAAACAUUGCGCAAGGCAGAUGAAAUAUUUGGUUCAGAUAAUAAAGAUUUAUAUGUUAUUUUUGAUGGUUUACUCAGUCGUCAUUUGCAUUGAUAGGGAGAAUGCACAAUCAGCGUGCAUCCAAUGCUUAAGCUGAGCAAUAUUGUAUUAAUCCAGACCAAAAGUCUCUUUGUAAUUGUAAAAUCCAGUGCAAUAUGAGAAAUGCGCAAGAAUCUUAUGCAAAAUUCCUUGAGAUUUUCUUUUUGUAUAUGUGGCGACUGUUCUUUCAUGGCAACCAAUAAAUUGGUGCCUGAUACUGGAGUUUGGAAGCCUCAUAUAGCCUAAUCCGUUCUGCAUUCUCAUGUUAGAAGUAUUUCUAAAGACUCUAAAAAAUAUUGUUGGUGAUCUGCACUCCAAUGCCUUAUUUAUGAAAGUUUGUAGAACAUAAGGGCGGGCAGGUGUAGAUGAAACACCUUCACAUAUACUAGGAAUAAAUGAAUUUUUAAAGUUCAAAA